UAUACGCCCUUAUCCCAUGAUGUACAGGAACAUGGCGCUUUGGAUGAGAGGUGUUUCAUGAUACCAGUGGGUUGUUUGAUUUUUUUUCUUACGUUUAUUUAAAUAACGGCUAGGUGUAUUGCUUGAACAUGACAGCUCGCGAAAGGAGGACGCUGUCUUUUGUCUACAUAGACAACGAAACGCUCCAUGUCCGAGUGGCGUUUGCUGUCGUCAGCUGAAACUCCUUAGCCUCAACAUGCUAGCUCAAGCUAGUUAGCCCGGUGGGUAGCAACUGUCCAAAACAGUCCAAAAUAUGGUCCCGUAAGAUGCUUACACUGACAGUAAGCUAGCAAUCAAUGAGACCACGCAAUUUGGUACAGUGUCGGACGUAUAUUUAGGAUAGUUUCAGUGUGCUAACAUAUCGUUGGCUAAACUUAGAUGAUGGAGAGACGCCAUGGAUUUGUGUUAUUCCUGGUUACCGGGAUUUUUCUGUCUGGAUGUUGGUUCUCUGAUGCUUUCCCUCUUCGCGAAGCUCGCAAAACAGAUGCACACACAGGGGGCACUCUGCCUGUCGCUCUCUACCUGCCCUUGACCGUGUCAUUAAUUGUUCUGGUGGCACUGGUGGUCGUCCUAGUGAACUGUUUGACCUGCUGCAAGGAAAGAGAGAUCAACUUCAAGGAGUUCGAGGACCAUUUUGAUGAUGAGAUCGACUUCACUCCGCCUGCAGAGGACACGCCUUCUAUGCAGUCUCCAGCAGAGGUUUACACCCUCGCUGUGUCCCCUGUUCCACUGCCAGGGCCCCCACAUCUUCAACCUCUAGCCAGCAUUACAGAAACGUCAAGCGGUUUCAAAAUAGGGCGCCAUAGUUUGAGUUACAUCCAGGAGAUUGGCAAUGGCUGGUUUGGGCAGGUCCUGUUAAGUGAAAUAUACACAGACCCCGGAGGAGCCAGAGUGGUGGUAAAGGAGCUGAAAGCUAAUGCCAGCGCCAAAGAGCAGAAUGACUUUCUGCAGCAGGGCGAUCCAUACAGAGUGCUGCAGCAUCCAAAUAUCCUCCAGUGCCUCGGACAGUGUGUCGAGGCCAUUCCCUUCCUGCUGGUGUUUGAGUAUUGUGAAAUGGGGGAUUUGCGAAGCUAUCUGUCUCAGCAGGAUUGGACAGUCAGAAACGCUGAGUUGCUGCAGCUGCAGAGGAUGGCCUGUGAAAUUGCUGCUGGUGUCACUCACCUUCACAAACACAACUUCCUGCACAGUGAUUUGGCUCUAAGGAACUGCUACCUGACUGCAGAUCUUAUAGUUAAAGUGGGAGACUAUGGGAUUGGACCCUAUAGAUAUAAAGAGGAUUACAUCAUCACAGAGGAUGAUGUGUUCGCACCCCUCCGGUGGCUGGCUCCCGAGCUGGUGGCAGAGCGCCAUGGGGGGGUGAUUACGAUGGAGCAGACCAAGGCCGGAAAUGUGUGGGCCUUGGGGGUCACAUUGUGGGAGCUUUUUGAGAAUGCCACUCAGCCGUAUCCACACCUGUCCGACCGUGAGGUCCUGCAUCAUGUAAUCAAGGAGCAACAAGUCAAGCUAUUUAAACCACAGUUAGAGCUUCCUUAUUCUGACAGAUGGUAUGAGGUGCUGCAGUUCUGUUGGCUGUCUCCUGAGAAGAGAGCUACGGCAGAAGAAGUGCAUCGUUUGCUCAUCUAUCUGCGAAUGCAAGGGCAGAAGGACAUGGAGGAAGAUUUCGAGCAACGCUGGGAUGCACUGAAGCCUAACCCAACCACAAGACAGACUGUUAGUCACUCAUCUUUCCCGAUCCUGGAUCAGUUCGCUGAUGAUGCGUUGCGACAAGAGAUAGACGAAGUUUUGACCAUUACGGAAACAAGCAAAGGUCUCAGCUUUGAGUAUGUUUGGGAGGCAGCCAAACAGGACCACUAUGACGGCGCCCUCGGACGAUCCAGUAUGGACACUACGCUGAACUACCAGAGCAUGUUCUUCCCCGUUUCCAGGGAGGACAUCCAGGCUCAUUUCCCUGAUCCUCUACCCGUCACCGGAACAGCUGGAAGUAGUAACUCUGCAAUAGGAAUACCUGGUAUUGUCCCAGUGUUUGAUUCACAGAAGUCAUCUAAUGGGAAUGAAUAUUAUAUACAGCUUGAGGAACCAGGUGAGAGCGCUGACAGGGAUGUUGGGAAUGGAGAACAGGACACAGGCUUUACUUCUGGUCAGAAAGACUUUGUUUUAUUACAAGAUGUCCACCUUGAUGAGUCAAGCACAGAUGCUGACUUUUUUCACCAGAGCAUUGACUCAAAGGAUUCUUAUUUACCAGACAGCCACAUCUGGUCAUCUCUGGAAAACGACAGUCCAUACCACACUAACAUUUUCACUGAAGAAGGUUCAAAGCAUGAAGACUCUCCCUCCUGGAGGCGAAAUUUCCUAGAGCUCCCAGAUCGCAGUGGGAACCCUUUCCUUGAUGGCGCUCUGGAAGGCGAAGAAGUGAAACCAAAUCCAAGCUAUUUUUUGGAGGAGGAUUCUUAUCAGUUUCCUAUAAAGGAAGAGCGAGAGAACACGGAUGUGAAGAGGCCUAACAGCACUGAAAAACUGGCUGAUAACUUUGUGUUUCUCAGAGAACAGAACCUGAUGAAAGAGAACUACAGUUUUUCUAAUCCACAGCAGAGCUUUCUCGUACCCGGUGUUGUCCAUGAACCGGAAGAUGCGUUCAAAAUGAAUUCUUGGGAUACCUUGGAGACUUCAGGCAGCUUAAACACGACCGAUAUGCAUUUCAAACCUGCAACAAGUAGCACAGCCUCUAGGGAGGAUGUUUUAGAUUCUCCAAGCACUGACUUGGGGCAAUUUUUGUUAGAACAUGAAAUUCUCGUGCCUUCCAUUACAGUGGUUGCAGAUGAUAACACAGAGAGCCAGAAGCCAGUUAGAAAUGGUUCUUCCUCUGAAGACCUCACUCUACUGCAAUCCUCAGACAGGGCUGUAGACUCCGGUUUCAAUUCUACCUCAGAGAGGUUUGAGCCCACUACUAACAAAAUGGGCGGCCAUAUCCCGUUUUUCUCUGACAGUGCCACUAUAGACUCUUUUUCCACAGAUGCCAAAAUCUCCAGCCUUGAAGAUGACCCUGAAGUCUCAAAAGCCGUAGGAACUAAAAUGCCUGAAAACCUUCAAGAUAAUGUAGUUAGCUUUGAAAAUGAACCGAAUGGGGACCUAACAAGUAACGAUCCCCUGAGUGAACUGAUUGAAGACACGGAUCUAGACCUGGAAACGAAUCUGUCUGAUCAGGAGGAGUCUUUCUUGGAAACUAAUGGACAUCCACUUGUUAGAUCUCUCCUUGUUUCAGGUCCGUCUUUGGAUCAGAUAAGCCAGGACAGUUUGCUAGAAGACAGCAUGUCCACCACUGUCCCAACCAUCGACAAUUCAGCCGAAACGCCGGAUUCUCUCGACUCUCUAGACAUUCAUCGGUUGGCGGAGCAGGUGGAGGACCUGAGCACUCAGAUACCCCAAAACAAGCUUCAGCCUCCUUACAAGAUAUCAGACAGCGGCUAUGAGACGGAGAACCUGGAGUCACCUGAAUGGAAUUCUCAGCCAAAUGUCACAGACUGCUCUCCUGUGAAAACUGACACCAGCAUUUCCAACGGCGACGAGUCAAACGCGCAUGCUGUCGCCACAAAUUUGGCUCCUCCAAAAAUCGUCAUCUCCGAGGUUGAGGGUGUGCCAGAAACUCGGAGUGAGGAUCACCAGCCUGAGCCUGUAGCCCCUGCAGAAGAACCUCCUGCUGGCAGCAGCUACAGAGACUCCGCCUACUUUUCCGACAAUGAAUCUGAACCAGAGAAGAAGGGGGACGAGUUGACUGCAGGAAGUGCUACAGACGACACAUGGACGAGGAACCCUGAGGGUCCGACUCUGAGAGAUUACAAGGAAAAGGAUAUUGAUGCAUUAUUUAGCCAGCAAGAAACUGAAACUGUAGAAACUGAUGACCAGGACCUUCAUCCAGUGACGACUUCACAUAUUAAAGAGGAACUAAAAAGUGGGGUGGCAGAUGCUUCAGUUCACCACAAUGGAAGAGAACCUGAAAAACAGACGAUCAAAGACUCCUUUCCUGAAACAUCCAGCCAGUUACCAGAUAUAGAAAUAUCCCCUCUGCCUGUUGAUACCUCCUCAAACGCAACACUAGAGGGUAACGUUCAUGCUAAACUGACCAGAACCUAUGCCCACGACGGCCAUAAAAUCAAAGAGCCCGACGUGGAGGGCCGUUACCUCGGCAGGCGGGAUGGUCCAGGAUCGGAGGGACAGGAAGAUGGCGGGGAUGCUGACGAGGAGGACGAGAACAGUGAGGACUCUGACGACGACAUGCGUCCGUACACGUUGCACAGCUCCAGUUCCGACAGCGAGGAUGACACGGUGCACGUGGUGCCGAUCAUUGUGUCGGAAGACGUCACCGGCAAAAACCUGAAGAGCUUAUUAAAACCAACACACCUGAGCAUCGAUGCGUCGUCUUCCCCAUUUGCUGGGAGGUACAAUGCAGAAAACUCCAGGAGAGCUGUGUCCUUCUUCGAUGAUGUCACAGUCUACCUGUUUGACCAGGAGACUCCAACAAAGGAACUGGGAGACCACUCGUCUGGCUUGAGCAGUCAGUCCCCAGAGCUCGGCAGUCCUGUUUCCACAGCCAGCUACCUUAACCGCUUUCCCAACUCUGAAAGCUCAACCGAUGAGGAGGGUGGUGGUUUUGAGUGGGAUGAUGACUUCUCCUCGCCUGGGCCUGCCUUCCUGUCCAAGAUUGAAAAAGACCCCGUCUCUGGUGCUGUGCCCUCUACUCCCCCAUCAGCAGGACGCGCGCUUCAGCCGACCUGGAGCAACUCCUCUUCCUAUUCCCGUUUCUCCAUCUCACCGGCAAAUAUUGCCAGUUUCUCCCUUACACAUCUCACAGACUCUGACAUCGAACAAGGAGGAAGCAGCGAGGAUGGAGAAAAAGACUAAAGCAUGGAGCGAAGGAACCAUUAUUGGUAACUCUACUGAGGAAGCAGUCCUUUUAUUGGAACGUUGGAAUGAGGACACGGUUUUUGAAGUGCUCCCCUCAGGCAGAACCGUUCUCAGAAGAAUUGGCGUUUAGACUAAAAACAGACUUUCACCCAAUAUUAAGACGGAUGAACCCCAGUCCCUCUCUGAGCCACAUGUAUUGGUGUAAUUUUUAGUCCAGUGCAAUUAAAAAGACAAAUCUGCUGCUUUAUAGACUUAUCAUGCACAUUCCAGGUGUGUGUCAGCUUCCUUUCCUUGCCUGCUCUCUGUAAAGAAAAAAAAGAAAAUAUUUUGGAUCAAUGAAUUCAUUCUGAGCUGGCCAAUAAUCACUGCAACCAAACCAGAAUAAGCUCUUUGAUCUCAGCAGCACUACAAUUAAACACCUAACAUUUUAUAUUCAUCAGUGCUUUUUGUUGUUGUUGUUCUCUCCUUCAUGUUGUGCAAUUAUUACAGUGGUUGCCUUUUCUUCGUUUCAUCUAUCUUCCGUUGGAGUUGAGUGAUUCUCCUAUUUGGAGAUGAAAUUCUGUUGAAUCCUUGCGUAGCAGUAUUUGAAUGAAAAGGACGAGGAAUGCAGAUGUACCAAACAACCUGUAGAGGUGACGCACUGUAUGUAAGGAACACUUGCAGUAAGCUGAGGUUGUCAUUGUUUUUAUUGAUUCUCAGACCUAACGAGGUCAGGGUUCAGCUGUCAAACAGUUGAAACGUAUCCCUGAUUAUUUAUCUUUGUAAAGCUUUAUUUUAAUUGAAACCUGCAGGAACUUUUCUUGAUUAUUCAUCCCUGGGUCUAAUCAUGGUGCCUGUUGAUCCAGCGAUCCUCCUUCCUACCUGUAACUGUCACUACAGAUAUUUCAAAUUGUUAAAAAAAAAAAUUUUGGAUAAGCAAGAAAUCUCUAUUUUGAAAAAGGCAAUGAAGUAAGUUGUUUGUAAACAAAUGUGCAAUGAAUUUUCAUCGUGUUGAUUGGAAGGUCCGGUGGUCAUGGUUAUGUGACGUGUAGGGAACACUAUUAGAACAAACAUAAAAAAAAAACACUACAAAUAUUUAUGGCUGCUGUUGUAAGUUGUUAUGGAAGGUGUCAUGCCUUUUUUUUUUAUUUGUUGUAUCAAAUAUGGAAACUUUUAAAAGCCUUCUUUGCCGACCAUAUUUUGUAUAUCACUUCCUGUAUUGCAUAGCUCAAUACUAACUAAUCAUCUUCUGCUGUAAUGAGCUUUCUUUGGAUGAUAAAACCACUUAAAGAACUUCUCACUGGCUAUACUUCACCUGUUGUAGAUCCCCCACCUCUCUGUUGACACCAUAUCGACCACUAAAAACAGCAGCCUGCUCCUCAGUUAAACUUGAACACCUAUUUAAGGAAAUUUUAUUUGACCACAGUAUACAUUUGCUUAAUCUUGCACAUUUGAAAAAUGUAACUUAAUGUUGAGAUGUUCUAAUGUGUAUAUAUGGAUUCUGUGUUAUUUUUCUGUUUGUAAAUUGGGGCGGGUAAAAAAAAAAAAAAAAGCUGUAAUAACCGAGUUGAUCGGUAGGGAGUUUCAUUUUGUAACUUAAAGCUGAGUAAAAUCAGAGGAACAUAUCAGUCGUCCACUAAAAGCGGUUAAAUUAAGACGCGGAAGCAGAUGUGAAUUCAUUCUGUCCUUUAAACCUGUAGAUUUUAAAUAUUUUUACUUCAUAUUGAUCAUGCUUAGUGUAAUUGAAUGAAAUGUUUAUAAUUACACUGUUUAAUAUGAAAAUAAAUGCAAAUGGACUUCUAAA